GGAAAAUUUAUAGUGAACGAAUAACACAGAGGUUUCUGAAACCAAGUCUCUAUGAAAUAUCAAGUGAACAGCUAAAGACAGCAGUGUCAGAGCUCAAACUUCCAGCUGAACACACACCACGCUGGUAGAAAAUCAUAAUGGACAAGAUCAAGAAGUUCUUUGAAAAGAAGAAAGCUGAUACAAAGUUUAAACUAGCAGGAGAAGGACAUAGACUUAAUGAACCAGUUCAGCCACCAACAGUAAACAGAAGUGCCCAAUCACAGUCUCGUUCAGAGGCUUCAACUAGUGCAGCACAACAACAGGCUGCUGCUGCAGCAUUAGCACGUCUUGAAAAGAAAAAAGAUCCCACCCCUCAGCAAAGAUCUGCAGCAAUAAUACGAGCCCAAGCAUUAAAAGAAUUAGAACUAGAGAAACAGGAUGCCCCUAUCCGAGAACUGACACUGUCUGAUAAAACUCAAAAAUUUCUACCAGCAGAUGAAUUUGCUGUCAGUGGGGUUUAUUACAAGUGCCCCCUUGUAGGGCCUGAGGUACUCCCGAAAAAGGAGAUUGAAAAAUUGAUCAAGGAAUUUCUCUAUCAGCAGUUAGAAAGUGAAGAAGCAGGACUGACUGCAUGUCUUGUUAUACACACCUUGAACAGGCCUGUAGAUAAGGUUCAGCAAUGUAUCGAGACUUUGUUUCGGUAUCUAGACAACGUCGUUCAGAAUCCCACCGAAGAGAAGUAUCACAAAAUCCGUGUCAAUAAUAAAAUUUACCAAGAACGUGUGGCUCAACUCGAGGGAGUUCAACAGUUUUUGCAAGCAGCCGGCUUUCAACUGAAAUCUGUACAAAAUGCCCAGCAAGAAUUGGAGGAUAUCUGGGUCUUAUCAAAUACGCAACCGGAACACAUCGAAUACAUUACUAAUUUACGUGAUAGUUUAAUCAGCGCCGAACCGAUACGCCCUGAGUUAGAUCGAGGACUCCAGAUUUUGAUGCCGUCACAGGCUGCCAAGCGGGUUGAAUUGCCAUCUGAUUUCUUCUGGCUUACUGCAGAAGAAAUAAAACGAGAACAACAGUUGAAAACUGAGCAGGCAGAACGUGGUUUAAUGCUACGGACGCGGGCCAUGAGGGAGCGUGACGAGAAGGCUGCAGCACGAAAAUACAGAUUUACUCUCAUCCGUGUUAAGUUUCCUGAUGGUCCAGUGCUACAAGGCACGUUCAAAGUGAAUGAAACCAUGCAAGACGUCCGCCUGUUUGUCUCCGAAGCCCUCCAAGAACCUUUUGCAGAAUUUAGCUUAGUAUCACCAGCAGCUGGUGUUACUAACGCGGCCGAUGUCCAGAACCCAAGUCUACUUGAUCUUCAACUCUGCCCGUCAGCACUCUUUCAUUUUGCACCAGCCGUUCCUUCAUCUUCUGGUUACCUGAAAGACGAUUUGAUGAUCCUUAUGCAAUCCAUGUGAUUGUUGACUCGUUUGCCGCAAAACCGAAACACUUGUACACUUUCCAAAAAUUCCUGCAUUAGUCACCUUGUGUUGCAUCGCUUCCUGUUUACUACAUAGUGAAAUAACUAAAUCUUUAUUAGAUGUUAAACAGCGACAACGGAUGUAUUCUUUAAUUGGAUUUUGGAAUCCAAGGAUUAAAUCCAUAAUGACUAGGUAAUCAAUACAUAACCGAGAAUUCGA